AAUACCAAAACGAAAACCGAACUUCAAGAUAUCAAAGUGAAAAAAGCCCCCACCCCAUAUUCAAAAGACGAUUUGUGUUGGUGGAUUCGUGUACUACGCAAAUGAGCUUUGUAAUUGCAGCAAGAGCUUGUCUGCAUAUAAUUCUAUAGCCCAUUUGGGUGCUGCGCGCCCGGCUAGCAGCUGAGCAUGUGAAACAAGGCUGACAUAUUAGGCGAAAACGCAUGACAGACUCGCUGAACAAUGCGCCACAAGGGUUCCGCUUGCCUUGUACGCAAGACAAAGCAUCGCAAAUUUUCCUCUCGAUGUGGGGACGGGGGUGGAUUUUUCCUUACGAUACGCGACUCGCUUUCUCCGCGGCCUGCAUAUGAACUGCAAAAGUAUCGUAUAAAUGCAUGACAAAUUCCCUCAGCAUGAGAUUGAGCAAUUAAAAUUUGUAAGUAUAUGCGUAUGUGACUUAACAAAAAGAUUUGUAAUGCAUGACUGCAAUACGAGUACGAUACUUUUGCACAGGAUUGCUUUCUAUAGUUAG